AUGGCGGCCAAAAAGAGAAAGGCCAGCGGCCGACAACCGUCAGGCAAGAAACCUGACUCGGCUAUGCGAACGAAAUACAACAUCAAUGAGACUUUUGACAAUUCCGAAGAUGAGUUUCUGGCCGGCCGCGAUCAGGUACUGCUAGAGGAAGGUCCGGAAGCGAAGAGAAGGCGCAAGAUACAAGAAGAGGAAGCCGACUUUCAACCCUCCGAUGAAGAAGUCCUCGGAUACGACGAGGACGAAGACGAAUUAGAUGAAGAUGAGGAUGACGGAUAUGAAAAUGACUACACGUCCAGGAAGCGGAAAGGUGGGUCGGAGUCCGAGUUGGAAGCAGGUGUAAACGACGAGGAGGAAGACGAAGAAGGCCUCGAGGCUUGGGGCACCUCAAGAAAAGACUAUUACAAUGCCGAUAUGAUCGAGACAGAGGCCGAUGCCCUUGAGGAGGAGAAUGAAGCGAAAAGGCUUCAGCAAAAACACUUGAAGGCUAUGAAAGAGGCGGAUUUCGGUUUCGACGAACUCGACUGGGUAGAAUCUGGAAAGGGUGCCGGAGAUAGCAAAGACGAUCAGGAUGGGGUUGUUACUGAGGUACUACCUCAGCUUGAGGUCACAGAUGAUAUGAGCUCCGAGGAGAAACUCAAAGUAUUGAAGUCGAGGUAUCCCGAAUUCGAGCCUCUCGCAAAAGAUUUUGUCGACCUUCAGCCUGAGUACAUGAACAUUCUGGCAGAAGCCCAGAAGGCGGAUGAGGCUAUGGACGGCUCGGAGACGUCUGUUCCAGUACCAAUCAUCAAGUUCAGGGCACUGGCAUCAUAUCUCGGCUCCAUCAGCAUGUACUUUGCUCUUCUCACGUCCCCCGCAGAGGAUGGUGAUGGAAAGACAGUUGCUUUAUCGCCAGCAGAAUUACGAGAUCACCCUGUUAUGGGAUCUCUAUUUAAGUGCAGGCAACAAUGGGAGACCGUCAAGGAAUGGACUAUUCCCGAGUACUCAAAAGAUCUUGAAGACGUCGAGGCUGAAGACUCAGAAGAGUCUGUGGAACUCGCACUAGCCGUGCAGCUGAAAGAAAAGAAGUCGACCCAAUCGGCUCAGAAAGACAAGAAGCUGAGCAAAUCGCAGCUAGCAGCCGAGAAAGCGCGCGUCGAAGCCGAAGCCCGUCGUGCCGAAAAGAUCAAAAAAGCCGAAGCCAACUUGGCCGAUUUGGCCGACCUGGUCAAGACAUCCAGCAAGAAGUCCAAAACACUAUCGAAACCAACAUCCCAACCCCAGGAGGACGACGACUCCGAUCUCGGCGACGAAGGUGCCCUUACAGCCCGUGAAGCCGAAGAGAAGGCCAGAAAGAAGCGCUCUCUGCGAUUCUAUACCUCUCAGAUUGCACAAAAGGCCAACAAACGGAACGCCGCUGGCCGAAACGCUGGUGGUGAUGAGGAUCUACCGUAUAGAGAACGUCUCAAAGACCGCCAAGCACGUCUUAAUGCGGAAGCCGAGAGACGUGGUCGUGCUCAAGCCAAUGAGACUGAACAGCUCGGCGGUGACUCUGACGAGGAGGAUCACCGUCUUGCGCGCGAGGUUCGUGGUGAUACUGCUGGAACAGAUGACGAUGAGUACUACGACAUGGUCGCUGCUCGUAACAAGCAAAAGAAGGCAGACAAGAAGGCUCGUGCUGAGGAAGCCGAGGCCGCUCAGAAAGGAGAGCGCUACGAACAAGUCGAAGAGGUCGGUCCUGAUGGGAAGCGUCGCAUUACUUACCAGAUUGAGAAGAAUAAAGGUCUGGCUGCCAAGAGGAACAAGGAUGUGCGUAACCCGCGUGUCAAGAAGAGGAAGAAGUUUGAACAGAAGAAAAAGAAGCUCGCUAGUAUCCGUCAAGUGUACAAGGGAGGCGAAGGUCGUGGCGGUUACGCCGGUGAGCUUACGGGUAUCAAGAAGAAUCUUGUCAAGAGUGUUAAGCUAUGA